CAGUAUCCUCAAAAAAAAAACAUUCAUAUUUUCAUUACAAGACUAUCUCUUCUUCUUUCUUUUUUUUUCUCUAAUCCAAAAAAGCUCAAUCUUGUACUAUGGGUAACUAUAUUUCUUGCACUUUAUCAGGACCAGGAGGCAACAAACAAUCAAGAGGGAUAAAAGUUAUAUUCCCAUCUGGUGAAAUUAGGCAUUUUUAUCAACCGAUUAAAGCAGCAGAGAUUAUGAUGGAAACUCCUAAUUUCUUCCUUGUAAACACUCGAUCACUUCAUAUUGGAAGGAGAUUUUCUGCGUUAAAUGCAGACGAAGAUCUUGAAAUGGGAAAUGUUUAUGUUAUGUUUCCAAUGAAAAGAGUGAAUUCUUUUGUAUCAGCAGGUGAUAUGGGUGCUCUGUUACUUACUGCGAACUCUGUUUCCAAAAGGGUGUCGAUAGGGAGUUUUAGAAUCUUGCCUGAAUCAUCAACUGAAGAGAAUUUUUCUGAAAAAUCGACUUUGCCUAAGUUGAAUUUGGAUGAUAUUGAAGAUUUUUCAAGUGAAGAAUUUAAGCAUAGAUUGUCUAUGUGUAGAUCGAAGAAGCCAUUGUUGGAAACUAUUGCUGAAGAACCAGUUUGUUUAAGAUGAGGAUUUUGAACAAAUUUUAUUAAAUCAAAUUCUCUUUUGAAUUUUAGAAAGGAGAAAUUAUUCUUUUGAACAUUAGGAUAUAUGAUUUACAUUUAUCAUUUAAUUCACAAAUUCUGUUUUUUUUUUUUAUUCAAUUGAUAUAUUUUUUUUGAGUGAGGCUAAGAUUGAAGGAUCGAGAGCUGAACUUUUGUAUUGGGGACAUAAAGAAAGUUUAUGGUAAUUGUAAAUUUUUUAACUUUGUGAAAA